UCUCACCACCUCCUUCCUCAAACUGGGCCAGUAGAAGAAUUAUUAAAACCAGAAUUCUUACAGGACUUGUGUGCUUGUUUGUCUUCGAUCAGUGGCCAACUAAAACGCCUCAACAGCAACUUAUCCGGAAAGCAUCCAUUGUGAAACUGGUCAUAAUCAGCACACUGCAGAAGUUGGUGGUCAAGUGCCAGAAAAAAUAUGAGGUUGCAGACUUUCUCAAGAGCACAGAUCCUCCAGGAGUUUGGUUCUGCGUGCCAGGCACUCUCUGCCUUUGACAACAGAGGCUUUAAACAGGAAUUUGAGGAGCUAAGUGAUGUCGGUAAAGGUCUUUCAACCAAAGUGGGGGACUUAGAGGCUAACAGAGAAAAGAACCGCUACCCGUACAUCUUACCAUAUGACCACUGCCGGGUGAGACUGUCCAGUCAAAACUCCUCCCCUAACUCCGACUACAUCAAUGCGAAUUUUGUACCAGGUGGAGGAUCAGAACGAGACUUCAUCUGCACCCAGGGUCCGAUGCUCAACACGAUAGCUGAUUUCUGGAGGAUGGUGUGGGAGCAGAACGUCAAGAUAAUUGUCAUGGUGACAGCUCUGAGACACAAGGACAUAGUGCUAUGUGACAAGUAUUGGUCUCUGCAACCAGGAACAGUUUAUCACGGACCUUUCCAAGUGACAACAAUGACUCGGAAACAAGGCCCAGACUAUUUUACCUCUACCAUUAACCUCAGACAGAGAGACUGUCCCACAGAUAGGAUCAUAACACACUACCACUAUCCAUCCUGGCCAGACCGGGGCGUUCCCACAGACCCUUCCUCGCUCUGUACCUUUACAGACCAUGUGCGGCACCAUUUGGAAGCCAUUCCACGACAGGGUCCGGCUGUCGUGCACUGCAGUGCAGGCGUUGGACGAUCAGGGACAUUUGUCACACUGCUGUGGCUAAUGCAGCUGUGUGUGAGGGGCAUACGGCCUGAUAUCCGAGCUGCUGUGGCUGACCUUCGACUACGUAGAAUGUGGAUGGUUCAGAAUCUGGAGCAGUACAUAUUUGUUCAUCAGUGUCUGCUAUACUGGAUACGCCAGGGAGCAUCACCAGGAUUUCUCCACACGGAGCAUGCAAGCCAAGAGGGGAGGAGAAGAAAUCACCAUCACAGACGAAAAGCUCCACCAGACCAACCUCAGAGCACAUUGCAGCAGAUGUUACAACCUGGGAAGCUACUGCGGAGGCUGCUGCCCUCUUCAUCACCGCUAAAUUCAGGCUCACAUGCUUCUUGAAUUCAUUGGAAAUGAACUACCUUUACAAAGUCAAUGUGGUCAGAACAGACAGCUGGCUGCACUCCUGCUGCUCAGGAAACCAAAGAAGCAGCAUCAUGCACACAAAAAGAUAAGCGUGACAACCUGCCAGGCAGGUCAAACCCGUUCCCAACUUGCAGGUGUCAUGAGAACAAUGUGGUUCCUGUCAUGCAUACACCCCCGUACCUUAGGCUCUCAUGGAACAUCUCAGUUUGCCAGGCACAGAACCAAUGCAUGACAAGUUACCAAAUGGUUGUUUGUGUAUGCCUGUGAAUAUUCUCUUAUUUAAGUAUGUUUUAUACUGACUUUUAUUAAGAUUUGUUUUGGGGGGGGAAAAUCACUGUGCAUCUUUUUAUUUUCACAAUGUAGGCUACCAGUUCUUAUGGAUGCAUGUGGCCAACUCAUACUUGACUUAGUAGAAAGGCAAACACAUGGUAUAGCGGAUGUAUAAAGAAAAGGUUUUUCAAAAACCCCGCAGGCACUGCCAGUCUUGUCGGAUGCCUGUUAUAGGACAGAGCUAUAUUUUACAUUGUAGAACAUUAAGGGCUUAUCACCUUGAUCACUUCUCCCUUCCUUACUAAACAAAUCAUAUAAAUUCAUCUUCAGAAUCAUUUCGGGCUUGGUGAUUUGAGGGGAGAAAGGAGCAUCUCGCUGACCUCCACAUCACCCUGUGGCAAGUACUUGUAGCUGCAGUCAAGGUGGAGACGCUCAUAUUCCAAUGAAAGUCUACUGUCAGUGUGAUCCACUGCUGUAGCACAAGCAGCAUCCCUCAGAGUCUCAAGUCAUUGAGUCAUUGUAACUUGGCUCAAGACAGAUGAGUCAAAAACCAAAGAUGUCACACUAUUUAAAAAUUGGCUACUCUGCACAGUCUUGAUACCACUGAGGUAUCUAUUGUGACAACUGUAACAGAGAGAUGACAAAGGCAAGGCAGCAAAAGCAAGACGUCAGCAAAAAAAUAUAUGAAAUAUAUUACAGUUUUGUUUCCAGAAAGCAUAUAAAUAACUAAUGCAGAGUAAUGGUUAAAAAGACCCACGGUUAAAAAUAUUUAAAUUAUAACACGCAGAUCAAGUACAAUCAUCCUUUGGGUAAGCAAAAAAGAAAGAAAAAAAAACAGUUGUGGAAUUCCUGUGAAUGAGAGACAAAAAGUCUUGAUCAUGUGUGGUAUGUACAUUGCACACGUACAAGAUAGUGUAUAUAGAGCCAUAAUGAAUAUAAACUUGUACAUGCUGCCCUUUAAACCCACAAGAGGGUGUGAGGGAAUAGAAAACUACUAGUGAUUGAGCAAUCAAAAGAUUGAGUGAAGAAGAGGAGGAGGAGUCUAGUUCAUGUGGCUGUCUCCUUCGGUCCAAUUAUUGUACACUCUCUGACAUGUGAAUGGCUUCAUGGAUUUCACGGACAACAAGAAUUCGGGCCAGCAUCUGCUCCAACUGCUCUUUAGGGAUUGGCUGAGUUGAGUACCAGAUGGGGCUGUUUGGAGCCACGACAGGCUCAGGAGUCAGGUAGAAGGUGUCAUUGCGUCCUUUGGCGCUCUGUGGACUGACAGAGAAACAGAAUGGACACUUGAGCAUCUAACAUGUAUUCAAUUUUCGCAUGUGUGCGGCCCACACAAGAUGUCCAUCAAUGCCACAUGAGAUGUUCAGGAUGUCUACCUUUUCACAAAGAGACUGAGAAAUUAUUUAUCUACAUCAGAGCAAGAACAGUUCCUUUUUACCUCUCUAGCAGUCCCAAUUUCCAACUGAUCUUAUUCAGCCUUUGACAGCUUGUUGUAUGUGAAGACAAGAAAGGUACGGUUUGUCAAAAUGUCCACUAACAAAGCAUUAUUCCCACUUCACCAAGAAGUCUUAAUCCAUUCAUGUAUUAAAAGGUAGGUAACAAUGUUUUUCCAAUUUUUCCAGAGGAAAACCUACAAAAAAAACAUUUAACUUAAUAUCAAUGAUGACUUCAUGUCUUAAAUAAAUAAAAUAUUUUUAAAUAAAUUAAUAAUCAUCCUAAGGAGCGUGACAAAAUACUAAUAUGACACACUAUUAACAUUACAAUACAAUUAUUGAUGCGCUGUCGCAAGUGUAUGAAAAUUGGGCAAAAAAGUUACAGAAUGGUGCUAAUAUGGCGGCAAAGUUUAAAUGAAAUACGCAUACCAGAGUGUGAACUCAGUUUUUUUUCUGUCCACGAGACAAACAUGCACACUACCAAACAAAACCGCUUCAAAUAACAGGUGAGGAGAAACGCUGCUUUUAAUUCAAAAGGUACAAAUGAAAACAUUACAGCAGUAUUUGAAGUUGAAGAGGUCUCUGUUAAGUUAAAUGCUAUCCUGUCAUAUACCACUGGGUGUGCCUUGUUAUACAGUCUUCACACGACAACAUUAGCGUGAGACGUCACAAGUUAUUGUUUAGCAACAGGCAAAGCGAUCAUAUACUGUAGUUAGUAUUUAGUCACAUUUUAUAAGAAAUUUUUCGGCCUGUUUGUCACACAGCCCAAAAAAAAUCACCUCGACGAUCAGACCACGUUCAAAAAGAGAAAGCUUCUUAGCUUUAGCCAUCAGGAGGGCAUGACUGUGUGAAUGCCUGACAGAAAAUGAAUAUUUGGAGCAGAUUUUAGCUUUUAUAGCCUGUGGUCUUAAACUUUUGAUCAGCUGAUAAACAACCUAUUUCAGUUUUUGUUUUUUUUGUUUAAAUUAGAAUAGUUUCAAAUGUUUCUGUCUCACUCCCCCUUCUUGCUUUUGCAUAUUGUAGCUCUACUUAAAACCUCAUUAAGAUGCAAAUGUGCAAAAUUCAAAUUCUAAUAAUUUUCCAACUGGUCUUAAGAUUUUGAUCAGGAGUGUAUAUAUACACACACAUACAGUAUAUAUAUGCUGUAUAUAUUUGUUGUAUAUACACUGUACACAUGUGGACAUAUUAACUAAGCUACCAAGCUUGUCUGUUCCUUUGUGGAGCACGUCAUUGCUCGUGUGUUAAUAUCAUUAUCGCAGAAAAGCCAACACCUAUAUAAACCAAUCUCAUUUUAAUGCCAAUAUUGGCCCAUAAUAUCCUGAUGAACCCUGAGACUCCCAGGCCUAAUUAACCCCUACUCUUUUGUGUUUUAGUUACCAUUUGAAGAGGUAGAAAUCAUACAGCUUGAUGGGACAUCGUAGAGGAUUUUCUGGGUCUUCCAGCUGCUCUGAGUACAUGUCAUCUGAAACUAAAACAAUAAAAAAAACAUUUUUUUUUUAUUAUUUCUCUUUUUAAAAAUGAGACAUGAUCACCCCAGGUACAAGAGGUGUACUCUUACCUUUCUGUCCUACAAACCGUUCUGUUGACUUCAGAUAUCGGAUGCUGGUGCUCUUGUCUUU